AUGCCCAAGACCAUCGAAUUAAUUCAAUCAACAAGUAAUGGGUUUUUUUCAUCAGUGUUCACUACAGGUUUUGAAGUGUUCUGGAGCAGUAAUGACAAAAAGGAACGAAUAUCUGACAUAGAUAAUUCAGUUGAUGAGAGGAUUUUGAAGAAGAAAGCCAUUAAUGCAUCUACCAAGUUCAAGCACUCUCUCAGCAACAAGAGCGCAAGAACAAAAAGUGAUUCUGUCUACAUCGAGGAUGUCAGAGAUGUCGAGGAGCUUCAGGCCGUUGAUGCCUUUCGACAUGCAUUGCUAACCGACAAGCUGCUUCCCACUAGACACGAUGACUAUCACAUGAUGUUGAGGUUCUUGAAAGCCAGGAACUUUGACAUGGAGAAAGCAAAACUCAUGUGGGCUGAUAUGAUUCAAUGGAGAAAAGAGUUUGGCACUGACACUAUUCUUCAGGAUUUUGAUUUCGAAGAGAUUAAUGAAGUUCUGGAGUACUAUCCACACGGUUAUCACGGUGUUGAUAAAGAAGGCAGACCCAUUUACAUUGAAAGGCUGGGGAAAGUUAAUCGUUACGGACUCAUGCAAGUUACAAGCAUGGAUCGAUAUGUAAAAUAUCAUGUAAAGGAGUUUGAGAGGAGCUUUAUGAUCAAGUUUCCUUCCUGCACAAUUGCUUCUAAGAUGCAUAUUGACUCCAACACAACUAUUCUAGAUGUUCAGGGACUGGGAUUGAAAAACUUUACCAAGUCUGCUCGGGAGCUUAUCACAAGAUUACAAAAAAUCGGUGGGGAUAAUUAUCCUGAGACUCUCCACCAAAUGUUUAUUGUGAAUGCGGGGCCUGCAUUCAGACAUCUUUGGAUGGCUGUGAAGGGCUUUAUAGACCCAGAAACAUCUUCCAAAAUUCAUGUCCUUGGAAACAACUAUACGACCAAAUUGCUUGAAGUUAUUGAUGCCGACGAGUUGCCUGAGUUCUUGGGAGGUACAUGUACUUGCGCGGAUCAAGGUGGUUGUAUGCUAUCUGACAAAGGACCAUGGAAAACCCCGGAAAUUUUGAAGAUGGUGCAUCAUGGGGAAGCAAGUCGGGUGAAGCAAGUGGUGGAAGUUUUAAACAGGGAGGGGAAUGUCACUGCUUAUCCAUGGAUAAAUGGAAGUGACACUUCCACUGCAGAGUCCGGAUCUGAUGCCGAGGCAAAGAGAGUGGAUGAAACGAUCCCGGGGCUAUGA